ACCUCAAAUCCAGAAGUUUUCAAACAGCAUUAUUCAUACCUCCUCUGUGUCCCUUCGAUUAGUCGUCCACAAGUGUGAGUCUCGAUUGGUAGAAGGAAUACAAUCCGUCGGCUCUGAGUAUCCAGGCUAGACGAUUCCAUCGCAACAGUCACGCCGAGGCGUUACGUGCCUCCUUUGUUCCCAUGGACUGUCGCAUAGGUUCGCUAGUGGUUCUAUUCCUACUGUCAGCCACGAUCCCAUUGUCGCACUCGUGGCUCGUGCGAUGCCCUGCGAUUUUCAGCAACCCCGUCGUCAGUGUUAUCCAGGCGUCGAUGCGAGGCGACAAGAAGAAGGCCGACACAACGCAAAUGGCGGACGGCACAUUGAAAAUCACCGUGUACUCGAGUACCAAGGGCACCGACAUCAAGUUCGAGCUCACAUCCAACGACCUCUACUUCCCGCUCUUCAAAACCCUAAACUACGGCCCCGGGGGAGCCACCGGCGACGCCAUUCUGACCAUUCCCGGCGUGCCCACGGUCGCGCUGCGCGCCGAUGGUAUCACGUACAAGUCGGUGGGGUGGAUCAAGCAGGCGGACUCGGCCAAGGCGAGCAACGGGCAGACGGUGUCGAAUGUGAUGAAGCAGCUGGAUAUAAACCCCGCGAAUUAUUACGUGCAAGUGACGCCGUUUAAGUUUCUGGGCAGCAUUCGCGGGCAGCUGCAACGAGGGAUGUUCAUUCCGUGCAUGUCAGUGUGAGCAGCAGGGCCGCAGAUCCUUGGAUCACGGCUGCGGAUCUCGAGGUUUAUUACGGUACGACCCGUUUGGAUGUGAUCUGAUGAGAUGUGCUGGUUGGUCGUAACGGAUGGAGAAAGGGCUUGCUGGACUGGAGCCAGACACGACUCUGCUGAGAUGCUGUGUUCUGCUCCCAGCGGUGGCGCCAUUUAGCGCUCUUACACAAAUCCAUGAUACAGCAUGAUAGCUGUAUAUGUAUGGCGCAACACUCAUGUCCACUAUAUGUUACUAUUAUAGUCUCUCGAUGUAAUUAUUCGAAUAAUAUAGUCGAACUCCAUAG